GCAACUUUUUGGAGAGAAAUUCCUAAAUUGAAGCUCCUGCUAAACAACCAUACAGCUAUGAUCUCGACUGGAGGCUUCGCAGGAUUUUGGAUAACUGCACUGCUGACUCUUCAUGGUGCAGAUGUGGGAGAGACCAGAAGAAACUCCCUCAAUGAGCCUGACAUGCCUUUCCCACCUGCCUGUCCCACUGCUCAGAACCUCGCUGCCAUCUGCAAUCAAGGUCAGGGUCGUCCCAGAUACCCACCCAGCUUCUUCCCGAACUCUAGGGUCAGUCACUUCCGCCGCCGUGGAAAUGCCAUCAACCGUCUGGAGUCGUGGUACAGUCAGUGCUGCAGUGGGCAGAGCAACCAGAUCCUCUGCUGCGCCCAACAAGCUUGGAAACAAGCCCUGUCCCAGUUCUGCUUGGAGGAACAUUCCACCAUGACUCUCGCAUAUGUGUGCUGUGCGGACAGAGGAGAUGCACGGUGGAGGUGCUUCGACAGCGAGCUGCCAAACCCAAACUAUGAGGCAACACCAGGCUACACUGCACCCACAGUCCCAGACGAGGCAGGAUUCACUUUCAACCCAAAUACUUGCUAAAAGUGGAAAGAGAAAUAUAAACAUAUACAGUGUAUAACUAAAAUGUACAGGUUAAAGUAUCUGUAGGUAAUAAAAGUAUUAUUUUUCUGUAGCUUUGAGAGCGAGAUUAAGUAAAUGUGCUCGAACCGGCAUCACAAAAUGUACAAGACAAUGCUGAGCUAAUAAUGCCAUAUGUCCUGUAGAUCUUUGUGGGCAGGGCAUGCUGGUUGGGCUUAUGCUGAGUCAGGAUAAUAACAGUUGAGGUUGGUUAUUAUUUUGACAGCUUGGUAUUUUAACCAAGCAUUGUCACAACAACAGGAAACAUAUUUUUUAAUUGCACUUCUCCACAAAUGUUCACAGUUCAAUUCACAAGUUGUACCCUACAUGAAUUACACAGUUUCUGACACGUACUGUAAUAUUCUGUCUUAGAAAAAUAAAGGACUGAAAAAAGACAUAAA